GGCGGCGGCGGCGGCGGUGGUGGCAGCAGCAGCAGCAGCAGCAGGUGGAGCGAGCUCCGUUCGGCCUGAAACCCGCCGUUGCAGACGCCCUGGGGGCAGUUGCUGACCCGCGGGGCCGAAGCCCCUGCCAGCCCUGGUCCGAACCCCCAAUUUCCUGGCACUUGGGUACCGAGGCCGGCGGGUUCGCGGCCGCGGUUGGAGCCGGGGCCGGGCGCGCAGCUGAGCGCACAGCUGCGUGGCGAGCCGCGUCCGGCGCGCAGAACCAGCGGCACCUGGCUGCUCUCGGCUACCUCACGAACUGUGCUCCCAGGACGGAGCCGCUGCCGGCUCUGGGUUUCAGGAGGCGCUCGGAGUCCCUGGGUCUGCACCCGGGGGACGCGCUCGCCUCUCCUCUCCGACUUGGACGCAGACCGCAGCGGGCUCUUCCCGGGGAUUCCGGGCGGCCGGGACCGUCUCACUCGGGCCUCGGUGGGGUCCUCGCAUCCCUAGCCGUGGUGCUUUCCGGGGGGCUCGCUGGCUGGCACCAACUCGAAGGUGUUCGCUGCUGAUCUGGGGACAGUGCAUGCCAACGACAAUCAACGCACCUUUGCCCCUGUUGACGGGCGGGCCGCGUCCCAGGUCGCCAGAGCCUGUGAGAAUCCUGCUCCGGUUCGCCGCUGCCCCGAGGGCGUCUCUCGGCUGGCGGGGCCUCCUAGCCGCCGGCCUGGAGGGGCGCGCGCAGACGUGCUUUCUUGCUGCCCCGGUGCUGAGGGAGCGCGGCCCUCGAGAAGCCGGUGGUCUCCCAAGCGCUUUCUCGUGUGCGGUGGGACUGGAGUCUGCCGGCCAUGGCCUUCACUUUCGCUGCGUUUUGUUACAUGCUGUCCCUGGUACUGUGCGCCGCGCUCAUCUUCUUCGCUAUCUGGCACAUAAUUGCCUUUGAUGAGUUAAGGACGGACUUUAAGAGCCCCAUAGACCAGUGCAAUCCUGUGCACGCGAGGGAACGGCUGAGGAACAUCGAGCGCAUCUGCUUCCUGCUGCGGAAGCUGGUGCUGCCGGAAUACUCCAUCCACAGCCUCUUCUGCAUCAUGUUCCUGUGUGCGCAGGAGUGGCUCACCCUGGGGCUCAACGUCCCUCUGCUCUUCUACCACUUCUGGAGGUAUUUCCAUUGUCCAGCCGACAGCUCCGAGCUCGCCUACGACCCGCCGGUGGUCAUGAACGCGGACACCCUGAGCUACUGUCAGAAGGAGGCCUGGUGCAAGCUGGCCUUCUACCUCCUCUCCUUCUUCUACUACCUUUACUGCAUGAUCUACACAUUAGUGAGCUCCUAAUUCAAGACCACAGACCUGGCUCAUCGAGAUGGGCAUGGGCGAGGCUGGAGAGUCCACUUCCGCAGGAGACGAUGGAGCAGGGACCACAGUGGGUGCGUGUGGGCCAGAGGCCGGGCAGACCGGGCCGGAUGUGGCGCUGGAAUCACACAGCAGCCGGGAACGGAGCUCUCUGGUGUCAGCCCGUGCGUCCCAGUCUUUGGCGUUCAAAUCCCACACGCGGGUCACGGAGCGGGGGAGGAGGUGACAGAACAUCAGACCUCUCCUCUGCUUCCUGAAUCCACUUCCUGCAAACCCCCUUGCGAGUCCACACCAAGUUCCUGGACUGUGGGAGUGAGGGCCAUAGGAGGCUGGAUGGUGCUUGCUAAGGAACGGAACAUCCCAGGGUCAAGGCCAAAUCUGCAGGACCCACUGAAGGCCUCAAGGAUGCUGGAGCCUCUGGUUGUGUUCCUUCCAAACCCGAGUUUUGCCUUCAGCUGAGAAGUCCGCUCCCGCGCCCUGUGAUGUAGGGGCACCGCCACGUGGCGACUUCAUGAGCUGUGCUGACUUCGUGAGCUGGGUUGGGGGCUGUACCCUGGUGAUGAGCUACAUCCAAAGUCAAGGGUGUCAGCCGGGGAGGGAGGUGUGUGGGAAAAAGGGAAUUUUUAAACAUUUGCAACCCGUUCAAGGUGUUCCUUCUUCCCCAUUGCAAGUUGCCACCCAGAACACAGCACAGUCCUGGAAGGGAAUCAGUGGGUCGUCAACAGUAAGAGCUCCGCGAUUCUGAAGAUGGCAAAGCAGUUCCAGUGCCAGCAGAUCCUGCCGAGUGGCUGCUGUGUCCUGUGGGCACUGGGCAGCCGGGUAGUGAGACAACAUAAUGACAGCUGAGGUUCUCUGGUGCCUCGUCCACGCCGUGGGGUUCCACGCGAGGCUGUGAUCUGAUCCCGAUUUGCCACGUGGCUUUCUCUCCGCCACGUUCCGGGGGGAGGCGUGGAAAAGGUGUAAGUCGUGUCAAGGCCGAGAUUGGGCACAAUGAUUUUGACCUCACUCCCCUGCCUCCCCAGCUCCCCUGCUCUUUGGCGCACACGAGCUAUUUAUACCAGCACCGGCUCCCAUCAGAAGCCCGUGACCCAGGGUUCUGAAUGAUUUGUGUCACACGCCCUGUGCUCCGUGGAAAACGCAGUGACAACCCUAGUGCCCAGCUAACCGACUCUCUCUCUCAUUUCCACCCCGUCCCGGGCUGCAUUCACCUCCCUCGGGUUGGCAAAGCAGGAGGGAGAAAAAGCAGAUUUUUUUUUUUUCCAGAAAGGAAUUGUGCGUCUAAGAAUUCUGCAGCCAACAAAACACUGCCUUUGGCUCCGUGGCUGACUGUAAAGCAGGAUUCACGGUGAUGUUUCGGGAGGAGGCUUCCGGUUGGCCAAGCCUCCUGCUGCCAGCUGGCGACCUGUGGGUGAGAGGAGAGAGUCAGUGCCUGGGCGGCGUGGCCCUGCCCUAGGCUGCAGCCCUGAGCAGCCGAGUUAGCACUCAGGCCCAGGAGCAGCCCUGGCUUCCAGGCUGCAGGCAGCUGCUGUACCCUCACAGCCACCCUGCAGAUACCCUGGACGGAGCGGGCAGUGGGUUUUAUCUCUGCCUCCCUCCAGAAGGGUUUGAAGUGACUUCUGAUAGGAGACGCAAGGUCACAGAGAUUGUUGAAGCAGGAAAUUCGAACUUCAAAGGGGUGAGCGUGCAGAGACACCAGCUUCCUAAAGCUCUCGAUUUGGGGUUGAGCAUUAAACCUGAAGUCAUUUCUCUUAGUAGCAAGUAAUAAUAAUUCCGAUUUACCCAGUGCUGCUCUCGCGCCCCACAAGCCUGUGUAGUCCACACUGCUCUUCCCCUGUUUGUGCAGAAGCUGAGGUUCAGAGAGGGUAGGCGGCUGGCCCACAGUCACACAGCAGCUGCAAGCCCGUCUUUGAACCCACGCAGUCUGACUUCAGGUCCUUUCCAUCACUGUUGAAGGCUGCUGGGUAGCAGAGGGUCCUGUUUGGGUUGCUUGCCUGUUUCCCCUCGUGUGCCGGCCUCCGACUGGCUUUACUGUGGCAGGCUUUUCUCCAGAGUGGCCCUUUAAGAGCUUUACAGGUGCAGGUCUCUCUUAGGCAGCUCUGGUAUUUAUGAAACAGACACGUCCAGAUGUUCCCCUUCCACGGGUUGUGAUGGGAAACAGUUCUGUAAUCUGUGGGAGUUCUGGUGGAUUGUUGGUCCCUUGGAGGAGCUGAUCACAAAGAUAAACGUAUGAGGCACGGACACGGGUGCUGCAGCAGGUGCCGGGCGCCGGGGGCCGUGUUAACGAGCUUUGAGAGCGAUCCCACCCAUGCUCACGAGCCGCCUGCAGAGCAAGUUGGCAAUUCUCCCCACUCUCCCAAGUGAGGAUGCCGGGGAGGCUCAGGGCAGGGGAGGGAGGACCAGCCCAGAACGAGAGCUCCAUGCUACGCAGAGGCAGCCGAACAGUAACGCUGGUCUCCAACAGGGGUGUCGGGUGUUCUUCUCCGUGCUUUUUUGCUGAGCCCCACAACAAAAGCACGAAGUGGAUUCUGUUUUAUAGAGGAGGCAGCUGCGAGGAGAGAGCUUGCAGAGUUCCACGGCGAGAGGGGUGCGCAGUGGCUGCGGCUGCGGCUGCGGCUGCGGCUGCGCCAGGGCUGCCUCUCCUCCCACGAUUUCGCUGGCUCGGACAUCUUGGCCCCUCACUGCUUAUCCCGCAGAGAUGGCCAAAGAGAGGGAGGGCGGCAAAGCUGCAGGGAGUCCUUCGACUUUCCCAGAGCUCCGCUCAUCACAGCGGAGUGCCCUGGAGCUGUGCAGUGGCUCACUGAGCACAACUCAGGGGACGGAUGGUACCUGAAGGUGCUGGGGGGGAGUAGGUUCCCAUCCCCUUGGAGAGGGCGGAGGGGGCCCUGUGCAGUCACUGUAAGUUCCCUGUUCACUUAGGUGGGGAAACGAUAAGCCGGCCACACGGGCUUGCUGUGAAGAUUAAGGGAGGGGCAGGCGUGUGGCCCAGUGGUGAAGACGCUGCUUGGGUUGCCCGGAUCCCGUAUCACAGUGCCUGGGUUCAAGUCCCAGCUCCGGCCCCAGUUCCAGCCUCCUGCCGGUGUGCACCCUUGAAGGCAGCAGGGGCCGGCUGGAGUAGUUGGAUCCCUGCCACCCUCGCGGGAGACCCAGCUUGGGUUCUGGGUGACUGGCUUCAAGCUGGCCUGGCCCUUGUGGGCUGGCAUUUGGGGAGUAUAAGAGAGAAUGGGAAAUUCUAGUCUGUCGGUCAUCUGUCUGUCUCGGUCUCUCUGCCUUUUAAAUAAAUUUUAAAAACUCAAA